UAUCGACUGUACUCGUUGACUUGGGAGAGAACCUUGCUGGAAUCGGUAACGAUGAAAACUUUCUAUUCCUUUUUGGGAAGGUAUGAAACACAAUGUGAGCCAGCUAUUUGUUCUGAAGAGCUUCUUGGUGUAACAAACCAAGCUGGUGGAACUGUGAAGGGCAAAUACUUUGACAACUGGUACGUCAUUUGCACCAGUGAACAAACCCAUUUCCCGACAAAUAUAUGUGACCACGCAAUAAACAAGAAACCUGUUUUGGAAGAGAUCACGCACUGAGAAGGAAAAGGAAGAAAAAGUAAGAAAACAGAGAUAUACAAUGACAUUUCCAACCACAGAAGAAGUCAACUUUAAUUUGCUCUCCGGUUUGAAACUUUUGACCUGCCACCCUAUGAGAAAGAGUCAAGCUGCAAUUCUAAAAAUAUCCUGGAAAACUACUUCAGUACAAAGACCGGUUGUUGUUUGCCAAAUGUCCACACCUUACAUAACCAGGUUCACAUAGUCUUGGGUGGAGCCCUGGGGGAUGUAUCUUCUGCGUCAAACGACUCAAUCUUUUCUCUUCAUCAUUUCUUUGUGGAUCGGUUUUAUGAGAAAUGGCUUCGCAAGUUCAACAAAAACGCUUCGGUUCUUUCAACCUACAAUUCACCCAUCGGACACAACAAAGAUGACGUCAUUGUACCACUUUAUCCUGUGUAUACUCAUCAACGGAUGUUUCAGAAGUCUUUCGAGUUCGGUUAUGACUACGACGAUGUUGACGAGAAUGGUAAGUACACAUGAAGGUUCUACAUGA